GUGAAUUGCUGAACAGUAUAAAAUGAUCUGCGAACUAAUGGUUGGUAUCAUUCACUUCUUGCAUUCGCUUUAAGAAAGAACCCGCCUUGUAGUUACGAAACUAUAACACACACAAUCCCAAAAAUGGCAUUCAAGUUCGUAUUCGCACUCGCUUUCGUCGCCGUGGCCAGCGCUGGUUAUGUACCAGUUGCUCCAGUAUACCACUCCGCACCAGCCGUCGCUGUACACGCCGCUCCCGUGGCCGUAGCCCAAAAGGUAGUUGUGAAAUCGGAAGAAUACGAUCCUCAUCCUCAGUACAAAUUCGCAUAUGGCGUUGAUGACAAAAUUACCGGUGAUUCCAAGAGCCAAGUGGAGGAACGUGAUGGUGAUGUUGUUCAUGGUGAAUACUCCCUGAUCGACGCUGAUGGUUACAAACGCACUGUCCAAUACACUGCUGAUCCCAUUAAUGGUUUCAACGCUGUCGUCAACCGUGAACCUCUUGUAAAAGCUGUUGCCGUAGCUCCAGUCGUCAAGACCGUAGCUCCAGUCGUCAAGACCGUUGCUCCAGUUGCUCACUAUGCUGCCCCAGCAGUCGUCAAGACCGUUGCCCCAGUCGCUCACUACGCCGCUCCAGUUGCCCAUUACUCGGCCCGUGUCGCUCACUACUCAGCCCCUGCUGUAGUCAAAACUGUUGCCCCAGUUGCUCAUUACGGUGCUCCAGUGGCUCACUAUGCCGCCCCAGCUGCCCAUUACACUUCCUACGCCGCCCCCUCAGUAUACCACCAUUAAAUAAUUAUAAAAGUCCAUAUGUUAUAGAUUGUUUUAGCCGAUGCUGUUCUUAUUUAUGAAAAUCCUGAUUGUUUCCGAUAUUAAACGA